GGUGGGUAUGUUCAUUAAAAUUCAAACACGUUAUUCCUUAACCGAAAGAAAAGGGGAAAAAAAAGGAAGAGGGAGAAAAUGAUUACAGUGCUACAAAGGCCUCCUGGCCUCUGCAUCGGCAAUUACAGUCUUCACUACUCUCGUCAUCACCUCGCUUGCUUCAAAUCCAUGUCCUCCCGGCGGCCUCGGAGACGGAGGUUACCUUAUUCAUCAUGCAACAUCCGAUGCAGCUCCUCAGCCGCUCCCUCGCCGCCUCCGUCGCCGGUGGAUAAGGUUUGCUUUCGCUUGCAUUCUUCUCUUCAUUUUCUCUCACCGGCACUUAACAUUUUGAUUCUAAUAGGAGGAGGCGGAGGAUUUGCUGAGGAAAGUACCUCCAAUAAACACGCUGCUUCGGAGAUUCUGGAAGGUGGCGGCUCCGUAUUGGUUUUCGGAUGACAAGGUACAAGCGAGGCUGCAGCUAGCCGCCGUCUUCGCUCUUACGCUUGCUACGACCGGCAUCAGCGUUGGAUUCAAUUUCCUUGGCCGCGACUUCUACAAUGCGCUUG